CCCAUCCCCAAUGGCGCUGCUCGGCUAGAGGGCCGCUAAGGACGCGCGCGCCACCGUGGGCCAGGGCGUGCGGCGCACUCCAGGUGGCGGCCUCAGGGAUGCUGGAGGCGCGGGGUGUCCCUGCCGCUCUGCUGCUGGCAGCAGUCGUGCUGGGCUGCGCGCUUCGGGCUCCCGGCGGCUUCCCGCAGCCAGAUUUAGACAAUAAAAAUCAUGUGGAGUUGAAGAUGGAUCAAGCUUUGCUACUCAUCCAUAAUGAACUCCUGGGGACAAACUUGACAGUUUACUGGAAAUCUGAGUACUGCUACCAGUGCUUGUUCCAGUUGCUUGUAAAUAUUUCCCAUAGUAGAAAACCUGGGAAGCCAGCCAUUGCAUCAGUCUCGGUCAGCACCCAACAUGGCUCCAUUCUGCAAAUUAAUAAUACAUUGGAAGAAAAGGAAGUUUGUAGGUUGGAAUAUAGAUUUGGAGAAUUUGGGAACUAUUCUCUCUUGGUAAAGCACAACCACAGUGGAGUCAAUGAAAUAGCCUGCGAUCUGGUUGUUAAUGAGAAUCCAGUUGACAGUAAUCUUCCUGUGAUUGUUGCAUUCCUUGUUGGUCUAGUGGUCAUCAUUGCAGUAUUCUUCCUAAGGUUCUUGCUGAGUUUGGAAGACUUCACUAAUUGGGUCUCUAAGGCAAUAAAUUCUCGAGAAACUGAUCAUCUCAUCAAUUCUGACUUGGGAUCGCCUAGUGGGGCAGACCCACUCACUGGAGAUCCUCAGCCAGAAGCACGGUGCCCAUCUGCCUCCGGGUACCGCCUCCGCUGCCUGGAUACCUUCAGGGGGAUAGCUCUCGUCCUCAUGGUCUUUGUUAAUUAUGGAGGAGGAAGAUAUUGGUACUUCAAACAUUCCAGUUGGAAUGGACUGACAGUGGCUGACCUUGUAUUCCCAUGGUUUGUGUUUAUUAUGGGAUCUUCGAUUUUUCUAUCAGUGACUUCUGUACUUCAGCGGGGAUGUUCAAAAUUCAAAUUACUGGGGAAAAUUGCAUGGAGGAGUUUCCUUUUAAUUUGUAUAGGAAUUUUCAUUGUGAACCCCAAUUAUUGCCUUGGUCCAUUGUCUUGGAAUAAAGUACGAAUUCCUGGUGUUCUGCAGCGGUUGGGAGUUACGUACUUUGUGGUUGCUGUGUUGGAGCUCCUGUUUGCUAAACCCAGACAUGAAAAUUGUGUCUCGAACAGAAGAUUCCCUUUCCUUCGAGACGUCACCUGCAGUUGGUUCCAGUGGCUCCUCAUUUUGCUCCUCGAAAGCAUCUGGCUUGGCCUGACAUUCUUGUUACCUGUUCCUGGAUGCCCUACUGGGUACCUGGGCCCUGGUGGUAUUGGAGACUUGGGGAGAUAUGUAAACUGUACUGGAGGAGCCGCGGGCUACAUUGACCACCUGCUCCUAGGAAGUGACCACUUGUACCAGCAUCCUUCUUCUACGGUGCUGUAUCACACCAAGGUGGCCUAUGAUCCAGAAGGAAUCUUGGGGACCAUCAACUCCAUUGUGAUGGCAUUUUUAGGGGUUCAGGCAGGGAAAAUACUAACGUAUUACAAGGGUCAGACCAAAGACAUCCUCAUUAGAUUCACUGUCUGGUGUUGUGUUCUUGGGCUUAUUUCUGUUGCUUUGACAAAAAUGUCUCAAAAUGAAGGCUUUAUUCCAGUAAACAAAAAUCUCUGGUCCAUUUCCUAUGUCACCGCACUGAGUGCUUUUGCCUUCUUUAUCCUGCUGGCCCUGUACUUGGUUGUUGAUGUGAAGGGGCUGUGGACAGGAACCCCAUUCUUUUACCCAGGAAUGAAUUCUAUUCUGGUGUAUGUUGGCCAUGAAGUGUUUGAGAAUUACUUUCCCUUUCAAUGGGAGCUGGAGGAUAACCAGUCACACAAAGAACAUUUAAUUCAGAAUAUAGUCACCACUGCGCUCUGGGUGUUCAUUGCCUAUGUUCUCUACAAAAAGAAGAUUUUUUGGAAAAUCUGAUCUACCACUAAAAUGUGUUGCUGGAAGAAUCUAGUGGGUCUGAAGAAGUACUGAAAAAGCCUUUCUAGGAAUCAUCUGUGAUAAAACUGGUAGUUUGUUUCCAGAUUAUUGUGAAAGAUGCUGAACUAAAAUUGGCUCUCUGGAAUUCCUGAUACGACUUACAGACUUUUCUCUGUACAUUUAUGACUUAUAUAUUUGGAAACUUAGUCUUUUUCUUCAUCUACCACAGAAAUGGAUGUAUUUGGAGCUGCAUUCUAAGGAAAUUGUAAACCCCUCUCCCAUUUUGGCUCUGUAGUUCAGGCUAGCCUUAAACUCACUGUGUAGCCCAAAUUGGCCUUGAACUCAUGUGUAUCCCUCUGCCUCAAACUCCCAAGUGCUGGGAUUGCAGGUAUGAACCACCAUGCCUAUGCUGUGAACUAUCAGUCUGAUGUAAAGUUCUCUUGAACAUAAUUUUAUAAAUAUAUCCUUAUAUACUCUGAUAUUAAACAUUGAACUAUCUCAGA